AUGUGUACGGUCGGCGAGGAGGUCAAUGUUGAUGAGCUCGGGGAUAUAGAUUGGGAAGAAGAUAAUAAUGAUAGCGAAGAGGAAUUCGAAGCAAACUAUGAAGUCGAUGACGAAAACGAUGACGAAGACUUGGCAGGCAAUCCGGCGAUGCAAAAUGAAGCGAAUGCCGUUGUAAGCCAACACCCGUUUGGUGUUCCGUCUUUUAUGCGGACUCUAGAUCUCGAAGCCAUGCAUGCCCCGGAAUUUCCUGAGUAUGCGAAUAUGGGUGAAGGCAAUGUUGCGAUGGAAGAUGGCGAGUUUAGUGUCGGAAUGGAAUUUGGUUCGAGAGAGUCAGUGAUAUCUGCAAUCAAAAGCUACACCAUCUCUAGAGGAGUUGAUUACACUGUGUAUGAGUCUGAGCCGCAGACAUUCUAUGCGAAAUGCAAGGGGAGAUACAAUGGGAAGCACACGUGCACCAUGGGCACGAUUUCACAAGAUCAUGCCAAGUUGGACUCAGACACAAUUGCAGAUGCCAUUAGGCCGUUGGUCGAAGCAGACCAUUCGAUAAAGGUGAAGUCCGUUAUUGCAGAAGUUCAAGGCAGGUUCAACUACACUGUGAGUUACCGCAAGGCUUGGUUGGCAAAGCAGAAAGCUGUCGUAAAAGUUUUUGGUGAUUGGGAAGUUUCUUACCAGACUCUACCAGUGUUGUUGAAAGCAAUGACAGUGAAGAUGCCAAGGUCUCGUGUUCAAAUUAAAACGCUCCCCGUUUACCGUGAGAGUGAGGAGGUUCAAGGUGUAAGAGUUCUGCACCGCGUUUUUUGGAGCUUCUAUCCGUGUAUUGUAGCAUUCAGACACUGCAAACCACUGGUGCAGGUUGAUGGCACGCACCUGUACGGAAAAUAUAAAAGUUCACUUCUGGUAGCUGUUGCACAGGAUGGGAAUCAAAACAUUGUGCCUAUUGCAUUUGCGAUUGUCGAGGGCGAGACAGCAGACGCGUGA